AUGACCAUUGCGCUCGAGAGACUUAAUGGUCAUGAUUCCCCUGGCAUACUAGACCCUUCCACGUCUGGCUCGGUGACUCAAAAUGCUCCAACCGAUAUACCAGAUUUAUACCAGAGUGGCAACAUGAAAGGACGCAACACCAUACCGAUAGCGGUAAACCCUGUCGAGCUGGUGACGACAGAAUGUAUCACAGUCACCUCCUCGAUGCGAAAGCAUUCGAGAUGGGCUCAUUCGUCUGUGGCGGCUAUCCUGAGCGGAGGUGGUGCUUCACGUUCUUACGAGCGCGAGCUUUCUGUCCCUCUCAAUGUCUCCCUUGCGACGAAAUCUCCGUCGACAAUCGCCCCGACAAAAUCUGGAUCUGCGGGGGUUGAAGGGGAACACGCACUUGCGAGUAGAUGGGGUCUCAGGGGGAAGAAAGGAAAGAGCUUGCAGGACAACCCGUUGAUGUCUGCUUUUACGCGGUUACGUAUCGACUUGAAGGACUGUAAAGAUAUUCGCGAUUUUGAUACCCCAGCUCUUCUACAUCCAUUCCUUCAGGUUAUACGCUCAUCGUCGACAUCUGCUCCUAUUACAUCACUUGCAUUGAUCUCAAUAACGAAGUUCUUUUCUUACAAUAUCAUCAAUCGAGAUUCUCCACGCCUCUCCAUGGCCCUUCAACUUUUAUCAGCCGCUGUCACGCAUUGCCGAUUUGAAGCCACAGACUCUGCUGCUGAUGAAAUUGUUCUCCUUCGAAUUCUCAAGCUCAUGGAGGGUAUGCUCUCUAGGACUGAGGGUGAGCUUCUGGGAGACGAAAGCGUCUGCGAAAUGAUGGAAACAGGACUGAGCAUGUGCUGUCAAGUUCGACUAUCAGAAGUCCUACGCCGCUCUGCCGAGAUGUCUAUGAUAAACAUGUGCCAAGUCAUUUUCCAACGCCUUUCCCAAUUGGAUGUCGAAGAUUUACCAGAGCCCAAUUUGCCACAAGAAGAGCACUCGCAAAUGGAGGCUGGAAAUUUCAAGAUGGAUCCCUCUGUGGAUGGCGAUACUGUUACAUCAACACAUCAUUCAAGCCUAGGCAUGGAUACCUCUACCCCAACAAAGGAUCGUAGCAGUGGUGAAGAUGAUUCAGAAGCUACUUUCAAUGGUGACGCUACUACCAAUCAGCCCGCGCCGCAUGAAAACAUGUCCCCUGAAGUUAAACCGUAUUCAUUACCUUCAAUUCGAGAGCUGUUCCGGGUUCUUAUUGACUUAUUGGAUCCACAUAAUCGCCAACACACAGACACUAUGCGAGUCAUGUCAUUAAGGAUAAUCGAUGUUGCUCUUGAGGUGGCGGGGCCUUCAAUAGCGCGUCAUCCAAGUCUUGCGCAACUUGCCAAAGAUGACUUGUGUCGUCAUCUAUUCCAACUCAUAUGGUUGGGCUCCUGUCCCCCUCCUAAUUACGACAAUCUGCCGGACCCUGCACGACUGAGGAGCCAACGUCAACGGAAAAAGAUCAUUAUCCAAGGCGUUGCGAAAUUUAAUGAAAACCCCAAGGCUGGAAUCGCAUUCCUCGCCUCCCAUAAAAUUAUAGAAGAUCCAGAUAACCCUCAUCUUGUUGCGAAAUUCCUCAAAGGCACAAGUCGAAUAUCCAAAAGGGUGUUGGGAGAAUUUAUCUCAAAAAAAUCUAACGAAGCCCUUCUUGACGAAUUCAUUGGUCUUCUCAACUUCGAUGGCAAACGGGUAGAUGAAGCGCUACGGGACCUCCUGGGCUCUUUCCGCCUGCCUGGCGAGGCGCCUCUUAUUACCAGGAUUCUAACUGUAUUCUCGGACAAAUACAUCACCAAAGUAAAACCAAGUGGUGUGGCGGAUAAAGAUUCGCUAUUCGUCCUAACGUAUGCCAUCAUCAUGUUAAACACCAACUUAUAUAAUCGAAAUGUCAAGCAGCAGGAUCGAAUGUCGUUCGAGGGUUUUGUAAAGAAUCUGCGGGGAGUCAACGGCGGGAACGAUUUCGACACUGAUUUCCUUCAAAGCAUAUACACUUCUAUCCAGCACAACGAAAUUAUAUUACCGGACGAGCAUGAAAAUAAACACGCAUUUGAUUAUGCCUGGAAAGAGCUUCUCAUGAAAACGGUGGAAACUGGAGAAUUAGCUGUCUUCGACUCUAACGUCUUUGACGCAGAAAUGUUCCAGGCGACCUGGCGACCAGUGGUGGCAACACUCUCAUAUGUUUUUAUGUCUGCCUCUGAUGACGCAGUCUUCUCCAGAGUCGUCAUCGGUUUUGACCAAUGUGCCAAGAUCGCAGCCAGAUACAAUCAGACUGAAGCAUUGGAUCGCAUUAUAUACUGCCUUAGCUCCAUAAGUACCCUUGCACCAGACACUCCCCCCAAUACGUCUCUCAACACCGAAGUUCAAGCCGGGAAAAAGAGUGUUAUGGUUAGUGAGCUUGCAGUAAAACUAGGCAGGGAUUUUAGAGCACAAUUGGCCACUGUGGUAUUGUUUAGAGUGCUGAUGGGGAAUGAAUCCAUCGUUCGAAAGGGGUGGACUCACAUUAUCAAAAUAUUGCAUAACUUGUUCAUAAACUCGCUCAUCCCCCAGUUCGAGAGUAUGAAACCGAAGCUGGAUGUCCCUCCAAUCCCACUCCAACCCCCAUCACAAAUCAUCGACCGAGAUGGGCGAGGUAAUGACAGCGGGCUACUUUCAGCCUUCACGUCGUAUCUCUCAAGUUACGCUGCGGACGAUCCCCCCGAACCUUCUGACGAGGAGCUUGAAAAUACCCUGUGCACGGUGGACUGCGUCAGCGCUUGUUCCAUUCCUGAGAUUCUUACAAAUAUAAGCUUCAUGCCUCUGGAGUCUGUUGUUUCUUUAGUCAAUGCUCUGCUAUCGGAUCUUCCGGACACAAGCCCAGCCGUUAUUGUUGUCAAACCUGAAAGGCCUCCUCCCAAUGCAUCUCGAUCUCCAAGCAGUAAAACAGACGCUGAUCGACCAAACUACGAUCCUGGGAUGAUAUACGUCCUUGAGUUGGCUACAAUUCUAACUAUCAGAGACCAAAAUACUAUCUGUGAGUUAGGCGAAACUCUGACCGGCGCGUUACAAAAUAUUGUUCGAGACUUCAAGGGCUUCCAUUCUCUUGUAGUUUCUCGAGUAAUAUCAUAUCUCCUAUCUCUGCUUUGCCAUGCUUAUGAAUACUCCUUUAUGCGAGUGCCGGUUGUCCUCCAUGCUAUCUCCGCCUUGGAUCAAAAUAUUCUAGAAAAUUCAGCCGUUACUAUCAUCAAAGGUCUUUCCUACUGCAUCACAAGUGCCGCUCCUCUCAAGAGCGAAAUUACAAAAUCACCAGAUUUCUGGUCGAUAUUGCAGCGGUUACAUCGACAUCAGGAAGGCGCUCCUAUGGUUUUCGAUCUUCUUGAACAUAUUGUGCAUUUCACACCGCCCGUGAUUUCAGCCGACAACUACGAAUCUUGUGUAGUCCUUGCAAACGAUUUUGCAAGUGCAGGGAGCCUUGCUGCUGUGUCUGACCCAAGGAGGGCUUUGUCAGGAAAACGAUCCAUACCAGUGAAGACCCCUAAAGCACAGGAUAAUCCGUUGGCACAACGCGGAAUUAAAGCAAUUGGCCUUAUAUACCACUUGUCAAAACGAGUACCAGAUCUCAUCCAACAGUCUCACCUUGAAAGAAAUGAAGCAUGGGCUGCAUACUGGUCACCAGUAUUCAACGCACUGACCACCCAAUGCCUAAAUCCUUGCCGCGAUAUUCGACAUCAAGCAAUCUCGGCACUGCAACGAUCGCUGUUGUCGCCUGAACUUGCGUCGACAGAUCAUACGGAGUGGAUCGCGAUUUUUGGAGAAGUCCUAUUUCCUCUCAUUCUACGACUUCUGAAACCUGAAGUGUACCAAUCCGACCCUAUGGGAAUGAGCGAAACCCGAGUCCAAGCAGCAACCCUCGAGGAAGCGGUACCUGAAAGCUUGAAAAACAUACUCCUCAUCAUGGCGGAUGGGGGUUAUAUAGCUCCACCUACGGAAGACCCGUCGAAAGAAAAGAUUUGGGUGGAGACGCAGAAGCGCCUGGAUCGGUUUCUUCCUAACCUCUUCGCUGAGAUACCUUUCAAAGCGGAAGUGCAAAAACCUCAACCACCACAAACGCCAACACAGCAGGAGCCAACAUCUUCAAUCACCCCUCCUCAGCUACAGCCUCAACCUGACCAUGAAGAGAGCCAUGGCCAUCCCACAGCCAAUGAGAUAUUGGCCAAGACUGAUGUUUUGGACGCUGUCGACUAA